AUGGCGACCUGUUUGUGUCUAAUUCCUGAACAGAAGUGGCAAGACCUUACGAACCUGACAACGCCACUCGACGAGACAAAAACAAUGGCUUUUUUCCUGAAGACGUCGAAAUGCAGGCGGCAACCACUGUCUGCAUUCAUGGACAACGACCCUGAUACACCUACAUGCAUGCUUUCGGGUUAUGCUUGCUGUGAUAAUUGUGCCUAUGCCGGCGGAAGCGUCGCAGCUGGGGAGCAAAGCCGUGUCAGACCCAAUGGAUCCUUCGAAGUCCCUGUACUGAGGCCGCCACUGCCAUCAAAUUUUGGCAACCCUGAAAACGGGUCCCUUCAACGAAGAUUUAAUCCUGUUUUUGAUGUUGCUAGUCGAACGGGUAGUGGGGAGCAACACCAAUAUGGAGAUGAUGACACUAGAAUGAGCGACCUGCAAAAUGAGGGGCGUCUGCCCGCUGAAGACACCGCGUUUACAAGAUUCGGUUCCGACCUGGAGACGACUGAUGUUGAUAACGGGCUUUAUCAUCUGAACCCUCUCACCCGCAAGGAUGAAGGAAGUUCUAAAACUCCUUUGAGAGAACCUGCUGUGGAUACAUCGAGAUCACUACCUGUACUACGGAGUAACCUGUCCUAUAGAGAUGGUAACAUCUUGCGACCAGGCUUUGGCAUAGGCCAAAUCCCACGAACAGCUGGUGACUGGUACGGCGACCGGUCGACUCCCAAUCCGAGCAUGGGCUUCACACCGGCAAGCCACAUCUCGCCAUCAACGUAG